AUGGGUGACACCAUGCCAAACUUGAAAGUAUUUUAUAUUAGUGGCAAUAAGUUCCAUGGAGCCAUCCCUGUUUCAUUUCCCAAUGCCUCGAACCUUCGAUAUUUUGAAGUGGCAGAAAAUUAUUUUGUAGGUAAAGUUCCAGUUAAUGUUGGGAAGUUAAAACAUCUUGUAAAUUUCAACCUCGAGGCCAAUUUUCUUGAUGGCAAUGGCCCUCUUGAGGAUUUGGCUUUCAUACCCUCUUUGGCAAAUUGUAGUAAUUUACAAAUAUUUUCCAUUACAAGAAAUAGACUUGAAGGUAAAUUGCCAAAUGCCAUAGGGAACUUUUCAUCCCAACUCACUUAUUUGGGCAUGGGAGAGAAUGGGUUAUUGGGAACAAUACCAAUGGGAAUAAAGAAUCUAAUCGGGUUGAUUGCUUUAAUGUUGGGAAAUAAUCUUUUAUCGGGUGGUAUUCCUAGUGAGAUAGGUGACUUGAAAAAUUUGCAAGGAUUGGGGUUAAAUUAUAAUGGAUUCGUUGGAGAAAUACCAUCUACUCUGUUCAACCUCACCUCUCUAACUUUUCUUUAUUUAGAGCACAACAAUUUUGAUGGCAAUAUCCCUUCAAAUGUGGGAAACUUUUGGAAUUUGAAUGAAUUGUACUUGUCUCACAACAAAUUCAAUGGCACCAUUACUCAACAAGUUUUUGCAUUGCCAUCUUUGUCUAUGGUUCUUGCCCUCUCUGAUAAUUCAUUCAUUGGUCCAUUAUCUCCUGAUGUGGGUAAAUUAAAAACAUUAUCUGUGUUAGACAUAUCAAAAAACAAGUUAUUAGGAAAAAUUCCCGAGUCACUUGGAGAUUGUUUGACCAUUCAAUAUCUUGAUUUGCAUGCAAAUCACCUUGAAGGAAAAAUCCCACAUUCUUUGAUUUCGCUAAGAAACAUUAGGUAUUUGGACCUCUCAAACAACAAGUUGUGUGGAGAAAUACCCAAAGGAUUCCAAAAGCUCCUUUCCUUGAAACAUUUGAAUCUUUCCUUUAAUGAUUUGGAAGGAGAGGUGCCAACAGUUGGAGUUUUUACAAAGGCAAACAGUAUAUCAUUGUUAGGAAACAAGAAACUUUGUGGUGGUAUACCUGAGCUAAAGCUACCUCCAUGUCCUAUGAAGACAAGAAAACAUAGAAAACAUCUAAAGUUAUUGGAAGAAAUCUUCAUAUGUGUUAGCAUAGCAUUGGUGCUUGCAUCGUUUCUUGCUUUUCUAACAUUGUAUUUGAGGAAGGGCAAAGAGAGAGAAUCUACGAAGCUAUUCAAAGUUGAAAAACUUUCCAAAGUCUCUUAUAGUGAUUUGCACCGAGCGACCGGAGGUUUUCACGAGAAAAAUUUGAUCGGUUCUGGAAGUUUUGGGUCUGUUUACAAAGGAAGAUUUGAGCAAGGUGGAGAACAAAUAAUUGCGAUAAAAGUACUCGACCUUUUAAAAAGUGGAGCUUCAAAGAGUUUUCUUGCAGAAUGUAAAGUUUUGAAGAACAUACGUCAUCGAAAUCUUGUUCCAAUUUUGACUUGUUGCUCGAGCAUUGAUUUUGUAGGUAAUGCAUUCAAAGCUCUUGUUUAUGAGUUUAUGGAAAAUGGGGAUCUAGAUAUGUGGUUGCAUACACAUUCUAAUAUUGAUGCAAGGACAAAUGUUCUAAGUGUUCUUCAAAGGUUAAACAUCGCAAUUGAUGUAGCUUCUGCGUUGCAUUAUCUUCACAAUGAUUGUGAACCAAUGGUUAUUCAUUGUGAUCUGAAGCCAAGUAACAUUUUACUUGACAAAUUAGCCGCUCAUGUUGGAGACUUUGGAAUAUCAAGGCUUUAUUCACGAACAAUUGAAGAUUCAUUUGAAGAUCAGCCUAGUACAUUCGGGUUAAAGGGGUCAAUUGGUUAUGUUCCACCAGAAUACGGGACAGGAGCAAAGGCAUCAGCCUUGGGAGAUGUAUAUAGCUAUGGAAUCCUUUUGUUGGAAAUGUUUACUGCAAAAAGACCCACGGAUGAUUUGUUCAACAAUGAAAAUACCAGUCUCUAUGAGUAUGUGGAGAUGGCGUUGCCAGAGCAAGUGAUGAAAAUUGUAGACCCAUUUCUAUUAGCAUGCCUAGAAAACAGCCAUGGAAUAGCACAAGAUGUAGAGUUGGACAAUCAUAGCAAUUUGGUGAAAAUUGAAGAGAGCACGAUGCAUAGCUUUUUCCUCUCCAUCUUCAAAAUUGGACUCUCUUGUGCUUCUAUUUCACCAACUAAUCGUCUACAUAUGAAAGAUGUCACCGGAGAAUUGGAGAAGAUUAAAAAGGCCUUCUUUGUAUAAGACAGAACACAUCUUGUGACAGAAUAUUACCACCGGUGAACUGGCAAUGAAGAUUAGUUUGGCUAGCUAGACAAAAAUGAUGGUAUAAGGAGCCCAUCUCAAAUCCAAACUUUCAAUAUAAUGUUCAUAGUAGGGAUUU